UACCUUAAUGGUCUCCUUUUUAACAUUGCUGUGUUUCUAAUUUUUUUUUUUUUUAGUUUUUAUAUAAACUGUUUGUAUAAAUAUUGGUACUGAUGCAACAUUUUUCUCACUGUUUUAAUUUAUUUUUAUUUUUUUUUAAUUUUUUUCAUGGUGGGGGUUGGAUUGGGAAGGAGUCUUUCUAUAAUUUUUAAUUGUGCAUAAUCUAAAUUUCUCCCAGAUGCGAUGUGUAGUUGUUAAAUUUUUUUUUUUCCUUGCUUUGUUGUAAGUUUUACUUUUAUGCAGCUACUUAGGCCUCAAAACAUUUUCAAGCUUUGGUAUAGUUUUUUAGUAAUGCUGUUGGAACACUUGUAGUAAUUUCCUACUGUGCAUUACCAUUGUGGGCAGUGUCAUUUUUGACAGUUGCAGUUAAUGUCCCUUAAUUUAGGCCCAUUCCCUGCCCCUCCCCAUUCCACCCCAUACCUUUUUGUCCCACCGUUGACAAUCUGCUGCAGAGAACGGAGACAGAUCACUGAAAAGUCAAUCUACAGAUGCCUGGCUUUACAAUUGCUACCAUAGGGAAUAGAGACAUGGCAAGCAAUGUCACUAAUAAAACGGACCCUCGGUCUAUGAACUCCAGAGUCUUUAUUGGGAACUUAAACACACUAGUGGUGAAGAAAGCGGAUGUAGAAGCAAUCUUUUCUAAAUAUGGCAAGAUUGUGGGCUGCUCCGUACACAAGGGUUAUGCAUUUGUGCAAUACAACAAUGAACGCACUGCCCGUACUGCUGUAGCAGGGGAGGAUGGACGAAUGAUAGCUGGGCAGGUCCUGGAUAUCAACCUAGCUGCUGAGCCCAAACAAAACCGAGGAAAGGGAGGAAUCAAGCGAUCAGCAGCUGACAUGUAUGGAUCCGAUCUUGUUCCUGGCUCCUGCAUGGAGCAUAUGAUGUCUUCCUUUGACUUGGACUAUGAUUUUCAGCGAGACUAUUAUGACAGCUACACAGCCGCCCGUGUGCCACCACCGCCACCACCAAUAGCUCGAGCUGUUGUACCUUCAAAACGUCAAAGAGUUUCUGGAAAUACAUCCCGUCGGGGAAAGAGUGGUUUUAACUCCAAGAGUGGUCAGCGUGGUGGUUCUUCAAAGUCUAACAGAUUGAAGGGAGAUGAUCUUCAGACCAUUAAAAAGGAACUCAGCCAGAUAAAGCAGAGAGUAGAUUCUCUACUGGAAAGUUUGGAACGUAUUGAGCGUGAGCAAUCAAAACCAGAGACAAAACUGGAGGAGGAUCAGAGUGGCAGCUCUGCAAAAAAAGAGGAAGCAAGUGUGAAAAUGGUGGCUGAAGAAGCAGGUGAUUCAGGAGAAGAGGGAGACCUGCUUGAUGAUGAUGACCAGGGAGAAGACACGCUUGAGGAAAUUAAAGAUGGUGACAAAGAAACAGAAGAAGGAGAAGAUGAAGGGGACAGCGCAAAUGAAGAAGACUCUUAAAAUGUCCAGUCCCUGGUGAACUCCUUAAGCCUAUUGUGUAUAGUUGGUUCAUAGCUCCACCCCCUGUACCAUCAUUCACACCACCAGCUCUUCAAGCCUGUUUAUUAUGCACCCUGCAUUUCCUCUGCCGCCUUUUCAUUUUGAUACCUAUUUGCGACUAGAAUAAAAGUGUAUUGUUUUUACAUUUUGUCUUGCAUUCUUGUUUGUCUACUAGGUUUUUGUUUGUUUCCAUUGCAUCAACAUUUCUUAUUAAAGCCCUUGUUAAGGUUUCAUGUUUAAACAUAUCAAAUAUGCCAUACCCUUGACAAUGUUCUUAGCACUGUGUUGCUACAGUUAGUUGGUGUAAAAUUUAAAAUGAAAAGUUAAAUUUCUUUAGAAAUAAACUUGUUUUUUAUAACUUAAA